UUGUGCUGCGACGUCCUGCCGGGUUUGAACCACAUCCCGUGUAUGUGCGCGUGUGUAGGUGUGUGUUUGUGUGCGUGCGUGUGUGUGGCCAAAUGCAGACAAUGUGCCGCACAACAACACAACAACGACCGAGAGCCAUCAUGAACAGCAGAGAAGAUUGCUCGGAUACACUAGCUGCACUGCUGCUGCUGUCAGUGGCCUUGUUCGUGUCGUUGUGCGUCAACGCCACAUGUUGCGUCACACGGCGGGCGUCUUUGUGUGCAGACCGCUGCUGUUGCGCAUACAUUCACGCAGCAGACAGGCCUUCACAGGAGGGGAGGUGGCAUUUUGUUAACGCCAAUCGACCCGAGGAGCAAGACAAGGCUGACCACAACCACCAAAAUCCCAUCUACGGAAACAUCAAAGGUUCUGGGGAUUUUGACACAUUACGAGUACCACAUGUGAACCCAUACUUCAAUGCAACACUGCAAGCACAAAAAAAGCCCUCAGAGGACACCCUGAUGAACUACGCCUCUCUGGAUCUCAAUGUGGCAAAACAACGACAGCAGAAGCUCCAAGGCAACCGGUCAAAGCAGCUGUCAGUCCAUGUGACGGACACCAGCCAUGGCCCCCACUUCGGAUCAGUGGAUUCUCAGAGCAGCGUCUAUCUGAACAGCGAGUAUAUCGCCCAGGAGACGGACACCAUCGAGAAACGCGGGAUGUGUUCCUAUUCAGAAGCUGUAAAGCUCGACCGAGUUUAAUCCAGAUCUGAUCCAGAUUCCACACAUGCAUACAAGUAUUCCUAGUCUACUGUGGGAGAAAACCCGGUGUAAAAUCUUAUCCAAUUUAAAAUAAAAUCUGCUAUUUUGUGCAUA